GGAAAGCGGCGAGUAAGAUGGAAGAUGAGGAGGUCGCUGAGAGCUGGGAGGAGGCGGCAGACAGCGGGCAGGAAAUCCAAAUCUCCUCCCAAAGUGCCCAUUGUGAUUCAGGACGAUAGCCUUCCCUCGGGGCCCCCUCCACAGAUCCGCAUCCUCAAGAGGCCCACCAGCAACGGUGUGGUCAGCAGCCCCAACUCCACCAGCAGGCCAGCCCUUCCAGUCAAGUCCCUAGCACAGCGGGAAGCAGAGUACGCCGAGGCCCGGAAGCGGAUCCUGGGCAGCGCCAGCCCUGAGGAAGAGCAGGAGAAACCCAUCCUCGACAGGCCAACCAGGAUCUCCCAACCUGAAGACAGCAGGCAGCCCAAUAAUGUGAUCAGACAGCCUAUGGGUCCUGAUGGGUCACAAGGCUUCAAACAGCGCAGAUAAAUCAAGGCAAGAAAGGAUGCCGCCGCUGCCUCCGUCACCACCUCCUGGGUCGUCAGCCACGGGUCGCACUGCCGUGGCAGACAGCUGGACUUGAGCAGAGGGAACGACCUGAAUUACUUGCACUGUGAUCCCCUUGCUCCGCCCACUGUGACCUUGAACCCCAUGCACUGUGACCUCUCCUCUUCCCCCCUUCCCACUGUGAUUGGCAUGUCAACAAGGGCUGUCCCAAGUCAAUAGAAAGGGAAAGGGUGGGGGUUAGGGGAGGGUUGGGGGGACCCACCAAGGACUCAGAGUGGAGAGUCAGACAGUGCCACUUGGCCACUUGGGGUAAAGCCAGUGCCAGCAAUAACAGUUUAUCAUGCUCAUUAAUUUGGGAUUUCAAAACACAGAUGAGAACUCCCACCCACCCACCCCCAUGUGCAUGUCUUCAUCACUUAAAAAGUAAGUUCCAUUUGAAAAUAUCCUUUCUUUUUUUUCUUCCUAUUUUUGUUUGUUUAUACAAAUGUCUGAUUUGCAAGAAAAAGUGCAUGGGAGGGGUUUUAGCAAUUUAAUGAGUUUUUAAUUGAGGAAGGGUAGUUUGGUAGUCUACUUAAAAAUGUUUCUGGGAAAUUCACUAGGAACAUUAACCAAUAGGAUUUUGGUGAGCUUAGCUUCUGUAUUCCUACUGCCGCCCAGAAAAGGGGCAGGGCUCUGCAGCCCCCAGGACAGAUGAGCACCCCAUGCCUAUAUCCCCCUCCCCCAGCUAAGUCCCAGGGCAUCUUGGCCCUGCCUGGAGACUAGGCUAGCUCUGUAGGCUCAGAGAGCCUUGGGGCGGGGAUGCCAACCCCACCUCUAGUAUUUUGGGAGAUAGGGAAAGUGAACAGACUUCCCCUUCCCAUACCCCUCAGGGUGGUUCCCUACCAGCCAGGCUUGCUAGAAGAGGGCAGGGAGCAUCUGGGUGCAAGACUGCACUCCUGCGCUUAGAAGUAAGGGAUGCGAGAUGUGUUCAGUAUUUUGCUAUCAGCACAAGGAACAGCAGGAGAGAGUCUAGCUCCAGGACUCUGAGCCUUCUGUCCAGUGUGGUUAGGAGGUGGAUAGAUCUUCCCACUCCAGCAAGGCUUGAGCUCCUAAAGAUCUGUGGCAUGCCAUCUCAGUUGAUGGCCCCAGUUCAGUGACUAUACCUGGUACAUUUCCUGUGUGAAAUCAGUACCAUGGAGGCAGACCAUUCUGAAUGAAGUUGAGAAAAGAAAAGUUUUGCAUUGCCAAGAUUGAUGACAGCUUAGUUCCCCGGAGGCCUAGGCUACUCUUCACCUGAUUUCCCAGAGUGAGGGCCUGGAAUGAAUGCAGUUUCUCCUCUGUCCCUGGAGCCUGGAGAUUUGCUUUGUCUCCUUGAGGUGGAAGAUGCUAAGAGGGCAGCUGUCCCGAGCACCUCUGUGUGCGUACAGCCUGGCUCUUCUCAGGCCUUCUGGUCUCUUCCAUUGCACUGCGCCUUAUCCCUCAGCCAGCCAGACGGCCUCCCCACUCCUGUCCAGCAGAUAAGUUUUUGAGUGGUUGGUGUGGUUUUGUUAUUCAGGCAGUUCUUGGUGGCCAAGGUGGCAAGCUAGGUUUUGCAGGCUCACUCCACCUUUGGUUCAGCCUUGCCCUGUGGGAAUGGUCGGCCAGGCCCAGCAAGCCAUGUCCCACUAUGUCUUCCCCUUAGGAGGAAGGGCCUGCUGCCAGUUGAGUCAGCAACUAGUCCAUAGCACAGCCUUACAACUGUGUGAAGCCAGGAAUCAUUUGUGAGCAGAGCUGGGACAGUUUCCAUGAGUAAGGGAGGGGGAUUACCUCCAGGAGUAGGCAAGGAAGAAAGUUGGCUGCUAUUUUUUUAGUUCCACUGCCCUGAUCAAGUGUCCACAUUCUAAAUGUAUAGGUCUGUCCCUCAUGUAAUAGUGGUUUCUGGCCCAAGGUGAGGAUGUCCUUUCAGUUGUAGAAAGGUGCAGAGGUGGUCCAGGUGGGAAGGUCAGAAGUGCUGAUUGCUCAGCCAUCAAGACCACCUGUUUUGCCCCGCCCCUCUAGUGGGAGCCAAAGAGAAGGCUGGCUGAUGGGUGUCUGCAGAUUGAGGAUGUGGCAGAGACUGGUGCUGCCACCUCCCUCUGGCCAAAGAUGGGGCUUUGCCCGCUGUGUGCCUGUCACCACCACCAGCAGUCAUGCCCUUGGCUUCCCAGAUGGAGAGGUGGCAGGCAAAAUUUUUAAAAGAAAAAAACCGGGAACUUGGGAGGCGGGAGGGGAUAUGGGAAAAAGGUUUGGAUUUUGUGUGGGGGAUUUUUUGUUUGUUUGUUUGUUUGUUUUGAUAGUUGUCUGUAACUUUCCAUAAGUGCUUUUUUUUUUUUUUUCCUUUUUUUUUUUUUAAUUAAAGUAAGUUGCAGGCUUUGGCUUGGAAAACCCCAGGGGGGUUGGGGGGCAGAAACCUGAGGCUGCUGCCCCUUUAUCUGCCUUCAUGGUACUGUCCCCUUCCCUCAGCUCCUCCUUGAUCCCAUUAGCCAGGCCUCAGACCUUCCAGCUAACCGCUUCCCAUGAGCCACUACUCUGACGUCAGCCUAUAACCAAAGGAGCUGGGGGUCUGGGCCUGGUGACCAACCCUUCUCAGCCCACUCAAUCAGGGUGCUCCCCACCUGCAGGCAGGAGGCAACACCCUAUCUGCUACCAUCAGCCCCUUCCAGAGCCCACCUGCCCUGCCCAGCCUAGCCAAGCCCUGCCCUGCCCAGCCCAGCCAUACCCUGCUCUGCCCCAUCUGGGGUGCUCUGCUCAGGGAUGGGCCGGCAGGGCUGCACCCAGCCUCCCUGAUAAGCAGAAGAGACUCAAGAAACCUCUGGGGUCCUGUUCUGGUCAUGUGAUCCCAGGUGUGCACAUGGGCCCCUUGGGUGUCUGAACAGAAGGGCAUGGGAGGUAGGGCCACACCCCUGCAGUCUUGCUCUGCUGGUGUAGCGGGCAGCUGCCUACCCUUACCCCACCUCGCACCGCGGGCUCCUGAGUCGGCAGAUUAAGCAUUUUAUAAAUUGUAUUUUAAAUACAUGUUUUAAACUUGUCA